GACGUUCACUGUCCCAAGUGACUGAAGAGAGUGCGCCAUCAACCUCAGUGACAGACCAACGGAGCUAGAUUACCGACUGCCGUGCCACGUAACAGGUGAACGGUCCCGACUAAAGCUGCUUCUACGACUGCUCUCACCACACAGCUCAUUGUUCCCGUGGCUUACGGACGUCACGUCGUUUACCCCCGACUUAUUAGCUAACUAUCGCGUGCUAGCGCUGUUAGCUUGUAGCUGCAGUUGACGUAACGUCACUGGACACACGGGGUCACGCUGCAGGGGGGAGACUCCUCUUCGUCAUGGCUCUGAGAGGCGCGCUGUGUCGUCUCCUGGUGAACCCUCACCGACGCGCCAUCAUGUCCGCGUGCAGGGCGCAGGGAACUACGGCGGCGGCCAGACGUGAUAACGAGAAGGUUGCCUCAAAGUCGAAAACGCCAAAGGUCCAGUUCAACUGGCGUGACGGCCUGGACCUGGAGGGCCUUCUGACCGAGGAGGAGAUCAUGAUCAGAGACUCCUUCCGGACUUACUGCCAAGAGAAACUCAUGCCUCGCAUCCUGAUGGCCAACAGGAAUGAAGUGUUCCACAGAGAAAUAGUGUCAGAGAUGGGAGAGAUGGGGGUCCUGGGCCCCACCAUUAAAGGCUACGGCUGCGCCGGGACGAGCUACGUGGCCUACGGUUUGAUCGCCAGAGAGGUGGAGAGCGUGGACAGUGGCUAUCGCUCCGUCAUGAGCGUGCAGUCGUCGCUGGUCAUGCACCCGAUUAACGCCUACGGCACAGAGGAGCAGAAGCAGAAGUACCUCCCAAAGCUGGCUCGGGGUGAGAUCCUGGGUUGCUUUGGCUUGACGGAGCCGAACCACGGCAGCGACCCGAGCGGCAUGGAAACCAGAGCCAAGUACAAUCCAUCCAGUCGCACCUACACAGUCACCGGCUCAAAGACCUGGAUCACCAACUCGCCGGUGGCGGACAUAGCCGUCGUCUGGGCCAAGUGCGACGACGGAAAGGUCCGCGGCUUCAUCCUGGAGCGCGGCAUGAAGGGCCUGACCACGCCCAAGAUCGAGGGCAAGUUCUCCCUCAGAGCCUCGGCCACCGGUAUGAUCGUCAUGGACGAGGUGGAGGUCCCCGAGGAGAACAUGCUGCCCAACGUCUCCGGCCUCGCGGGUCCUUUCGGGUGCCUGAACAACGCUCGCUACGGCAUCGCCUGGGGCGCUCUGGGCGCAGCAGAGUUCUGUUUCCACGCCGCUCGGCAGUACGCGCUUGACAGGAUCCAGUUUGGCGUGCCACUGGCAAGGAACCAGCUGAUGCAGAAGAAAAUGGCCGACAUGCUGACCGAGAUCACCAUCGGCCUGCAGGCCUGUGUGCAGCUGGGAAGACUUAUCGAUGCUAAAAGAGCGGCCCCGGAAAUGAUCUCCAUGCUGAAGAGGAACAGCUGCGGCAAAGCCCUCGACAUCGCCAGGCAGGCCAGGGACAUGCUGGGAGGAAACGGCAUCUCAGACGAGUACCACAUCAUCCGCCACGUCAUGAACCUGGAGGCUGUCAACACGUACGAAGGUACCCACGACAUCCACGCGCUGAUCCUGGGCCGAGCCAUCACAGGACUGCAGUCCUUCACUGUGGGCAAAUAGAUGGGGACCUGGUCCCGCCCAAAGAAAAGGAACCCUGCUGUCAAGCUUUCCCAUCUGUAGAGGGCAUACAGCUAUGACGACUUCAUUAUUAGUUUAAUAAUGAUAUAUAUAGUGCUUACAAGUCACUAUAAGUGCGCGUGAUUUGUUCACAAGUUGAUUUUUCCAACUUAAAGAAAAGGUCUAUUUUUCUACUCUUGAUCACAACAGAGAUUGAAUCCCCCGUCAUAUUAAUGCUUUCACAGACCGGUUGUGAAUGAGGUCAAGUUCUAGAUACGGAUACGUUCUUACUGAUAUUCUAAAGAGAGAAUUGUUUGUUUUCACUUGUUUUUAAUUGCAUCAUGUGAGAGAACAUCUGUGCUGUCUGUUACUACAGUGAGAUGUCAUAACUUUGCAUGGUUUGACAGGUCAAACAAUGAAAAUCUGAGCUUAAAUAAAUGAUUUUAUUAAGUUUUA